CCCCCCCUCGUCAGCCAGGGACCGUGUGCUUGUAAUUGUGUGCGUGCGUAGAUCUAGCUACGCGUGUGCAGUGCCACUAGCCACUACUGCAGUGCCCCAAUGAUUGUGUGUGCGAGAUCUCUGCACCGGCGAGCUGAAUGUCACCAGCGUCGCUCAACCAUUGGUCAGCUUCCUCAUUUCCCUUGCUUUCUGUCGCAUGUCAACAUUUCUGUCAGCGUCUCCAGUACACUAGUGGCAGGUUGUACCGUUUCGUCGUUGGAUAGUUUAGCAUUUGCUAGAUUCGGCAUUUCACUGCGACACGGGCAAGCAUGGCAAGAGAGCGGAGGAAGGGACAUCAAGCUCCGCCGCCCCAGCCUCACCAGCAACUCCGCCGCUAGCUGCUAGCUACCACCCAGGCACGUGUUGAUGCUGGUGGCCAGAACAUGUACACCUCCAAUUAAUGAUGUGGAAAGCAAGGACACAUUCUCAGCAUCAGGUUGCUAAACAUUGCCUCUGUCCGUUGGUCUCCUGCAGACAUCUAGCGCUCGUCGCAGUACUAUCGCUCCAACAAUUCUGCGGCUUAUCGUGCCUUCUUUUGAUUGCAACUGCAACCGCAGUGAGAGCGCUUGUUGAUACACUAUCUUCUGCAACUCACAGGUAGAAAGGUGCUGACAGCAGCAGCAAAACGUGCGGGCACGACAGGAGAAAAGUGAGGAGUUGGCAGCAGGGGACGCUAAUAUCCUUCUUCCGACUUAGUGUUGGGUUGUGCCAGUCCGUGCAGCGAAGAGAGGCAAAGAAGAGAGUGCGCCUAUGUGGAUCUAGCUGAUGAGUUUAGACCUCCUACCCAACAGUUGUCCUAUUCUUCUACUUGGCGAUUGCAAACGGUAGAAGUUCUGUGCUGACAGCAAGGAAGGUGGCUGGCAGUUGACUGGAGAGGUUUGUCAUCUUCCAGAAGGAGCGCAUUACUAUAAUACUGAAUACUACCAGUCUCAGUUUAGCCGCCGGAGUGAUGUGUGAUGUGUACUAUGGCAGUAAUUGAUCAAGACAGCUGAACUAGAAGCACUAAUUGCGGGGCCCAGAACCAGUGCUGCGACCAAUGAACAAGGGAGCAUUCUUCUCAAAAGGAGAGCGAGCAAGAAGGAAAACGACAUCCCCACAGGAAUAGGAAGAGAGCUUCGCCCACGUCAGACGUCAGUACAUGAUUUUUCCUGUUCAUGUUCAUGUGUUGAUUAAGUGUAUCUUAUCCCUACAACACGGCGGCGUCACUGAAGGCUGUCACCAUCACCCAUCGCUCGGCAGGAUACUGGGCUGAGCAGGCACAGUGGGUGACACGGCUCCAAGGACGCAGCAGAGUCCACCGCUCACACGCACUCUUUCCCGGACAGCGCGCUGGUCGCCACUAGGCACUAACCAUCCGACAUGUACCCGAGCCGGCAUAGCUCUGUGCCGUCACUGCCAAAUGUGGUAUUCACCGUGGCCGGACCUACACAACCAGUUCCAGCAGGUGGUCAGUCAGGACCGGUCAACCCUGGGUUUGUUCAACUACCACCCAACCCGCACCCGUUCGCACUGCAAACGUCGGGUCGGCAGCAAAUGCGUCAUAUCAGCAUACCGUCGCAAUGCUAUCCAGCCACGUACCUGGCGGCAAGGCAGCCGUAUGGAAAUAGCAUGAUCUAUGGGCCAUCGUCAGCUGCAGGGUCACCGCAAACCGGCGUGCCAUACCUGAAGAAGCGCACAGUCUUUCCUAAGCAUGUCACCAGCAAACUCCGACAAUGGCUCAAGGACAACAUUGAGAACCCGUUCCCUGACGAGGAGCAGAAAGAUCAGCUGUGCAAGGAAACAAAGCUGACGCUCAUACAACUCAACUACUGGUUUAUCAAUGCCCGCCGGCGGGUAUGGCCUGGUUUGAAAGAUGAAGUGAACAAGGAGCGAGCCAAGAACAACCUGCCUCCUAUUCAACUACCCUUGCCAAGGCGAGGAAAGGACAAUGAGCUGCUAGACCAAGAUGACACCGAUGGAGAUAUGAUGAUCAGCGAAGGUGACGACGUGAACCCGGAUGAUCUUGAAGGCAGCAUAAGCCUUCAGAACGCCACCGCUGCUCAGCUGAAGAAGGUGCGCAAGGGCAGUUUGUCGAGCAGCAGCGACCUCAGUUCCAGUACCACCAUGACAAGCACUGAGGAAAUACCCGAGGCACGCAGUACCUUCGUUGCCGGCGGCUUUGGACUGCCAUACCAGACAUUCUGCAGACCUCAGUCCAGUGGCUCUACCAGCAGUAAUGAUCAGCUGUAUCGGAGCAGUGCGGAUAACGUGUCCGACUUGGCCGGCAGUGGCGGAGACCUAUCCAAUGGACAUGGUGGUCAGGUGACAUUGAGACCAGCGCCACAGCCGCGCGAAUGGAGACGCAGAUCACCACCAGGCAAGGAGCAGCCAAGACUACAACAACUCCAGCAGUACAGACACCAUCAGCUGGACAGCAAUCGGCUGAUGAGAAGUGCACCGUGCAUAUACAGACCUGAUGGUGAGACUCAGCCAGCCCACUAUCAGUCCAUGCCGCACAUACAGCGUUCGUUCGUGAUGGGAGAUUCGCAGACGGCGUACAUGCCAGCACCUGCCGGUCAGCCGAUGCAAGCCGCCGGCGGAAAAGACGAAGUGCAGCUGCAGGCACUGGCCAAGCCACAGUAUCUUGCCAUGGUACCAGCAAGACAGGGCAAUAUGCCGGUAAUAGCCACAACUGGCGGCACAGCCACUAGCUUGAGUGCCGCUAACCAGCUGCAGCACCUACAGCUAGGCGCUGUGCCGUUUGCUGCACACAGUGCUAUGUCGCCGACACAACAACAGCAACAGCAGCAGCAACCACAGCAUCAGCAUCAACAGCAACAGCAACCCAUUGUGCUUCUGCUGCCACCGUCGCAGCCUAAUCCCCCAUAACAUGAUGCAGUUUAGGCCUGAUUCUCUCGGCCAGGUAACUAGCAGCCAGGCAUGGUAGCAUGACGGACAUGAAAACAGUACAGUAUUGUAAUUGUACAUGCACACUUGAGUAGCUUUUACAACUAUACAGAAACCCUGAUCUACUAGCUUAUACAAAUUCAGUCCAGCAUCAAGUCCACACAUUGAGUCUCACAUGAAGCUUCCAUAUAUCAGAUAACGACCAAUGUCCACUUACUUUAAUUAAUUCAACUCCCUCAAUCUUAUGAAUCUCUAGUUGAUACAAAAUUUCAAUAGCUUUUCUAGUAGUAGCCAAGUAAGUCUCAGGAAUAUCUAGUUAGGUUCUGGAAACAGAAAAGUUCACAUUUGUAACCUUCUAGAUCACUUGCUAAUGGCUGUAUACUUUCCUUUGCUGGAUAUAAUUUAUGAUGCACAAAGCCUGGGAAAAGUUUCUAUAGUAUGAGUGACAGAGAUUGCUUGGAUGAUAAUUAUAUUGAAUACACAAUCUGCAAAGUGCAAAGUUUUACCGUUGGCCUUUGCCAUUGUCUAUUUGUAUCAGUCCUAUACGAACAAGCUAGUGUGCACAUAAUUUACCACCACUCGUGAAUUAGUUGUGUGAUAUGAAUACAUUUAUUUUAAAAAUGCCCCUUCAUGCUCGAUGAACACCAGGGAUUCUAUACAUGUUUGAACACUGUCCACUUCAAAGGCUGUAAACAAAUAGAUUUUUCCCGAAUUUGGACCGUGUUGGCUGCUGAUUGACCUGGUGAGCUUGCCUUUUGUUUGUAUGUUCUUUCUGUGCUGUUUAUACUGAAAUCUUAAGUAUGAAAGAUCAA